AUGGCACACCCUGGUCUGUUUCGCGUCAGGCAGCGGCAGCGGCAGCGGCAGCGGCAGAGGCAGAGCCUUUGGGCCCUGCUCGUCCUACUGGCCAUGACAGGGUUCCAGCUUCAGCUCGCACACACCGCUGACCUCCAGUCUCGCGCCCCAAUAGCCAACGGCGUCGAACUGAGGGUGCUUGCGCUCGGCGACUCGAUUACAUACGGCGCCGGCGACGCAAACUACAACGGCUACCGCGGCCCGCUAUACGCCCAGCUCACAGCGCGCGGGAACCCGGUCAACAUGGUCGGGCGGCAGCGCAGCGGGACGUUCGCAGACACCGCGCACGAGGGCUACCGCGGCUUCUUCAUCGCGGAGAUCGGCGCCUCGAGCAGUCUGGGCCGGUACGCGGGGCCGAACAUCGUGCUCAUGCAUGUCGGCACAAACGACAUGCACAAGGACAUUGACGUCCUGGAUGCGCCGAGCCGCCUGCGGGACCUGAUCGAGCUGGUGUUCGAGACCGCGCCGGACGCAGUGAUCUUCGUUGCGCAGAUCAUCCCCGCCGAUAACGCGGUCAAGCAGGCGCGGAUUGACGACUUCAAUGCCGCGGUCCCGGCGGUUGUGCAGGGGUUUUUGGACAAGGGGAAGAAAGUGGUGGUUGUGCGGAUGGACCGGGCGCUCUCGGUGGCGGAUCUGCACGAUGAACUGCAUCCUUCUGUUGCGGGGUAUGCGAAGAUGGCGGAGGCGUGGUAUGAGGCGAUUGAGGCUGCUGAUGCGGAGGGGCUUAUUACGGAGCCUGGCAUGGCGAUGGCGCCGCCCCCCACUCCGGCCAAUCCAGAGAACUGCAGGCCGUCGCCGAAUUGGUAUAAGACCGGCGCCAAAGCACUGGGGCCGCAGGCAGCGUACAACGACGGCCCGUUCAAGCCCAAUUGGGCGAACCGGGGGGUCAUUGCCGAAGGAGCCUGCCCGCGAUCCAAGGUGCACUUCUUCGACCUCGACGGCGACGGCCUGAAAGACUACGGGUGCGUGCAACCACAGAACGGGGCCACCAGUGUCUGGCGCAAUAUCCCCGACGCUAAUGGAAGGGCAUCUGGCGAGUGGGAGGCCCUCGGCGAGAUUGCAACUGGGAGAGAUGGUCGCGACGGCACGGGCGUCAUGUUUGCCGACUUGAACGGCGACGGCUUUGACGAUUACAUCUACGUAGCCGACAACGGCGAAGUCGAAGGCUUCAUCAACCUAGGCAGCAGGAACGCAGACGGGGUAUGGCGCUGGAAAGGGCUCGGCCGGAUCGCAGGAGGCGUAGGAGCGACCAACGAGACGCUGCAGCUCGUCGAUCUCAACGGCGACGGAAGAGCGGAUUUCUGCAUCGUCAACCAGGACACCGGCGAAGUCACCGGCUGGUGGAACACGGGGAUCAGCGACAUGCCGGACUACCACAAGGUCGGCGUGAUUGCCACGGGCGAGUCGUUCGGCCCAGAGAGCAAAGUCAUCCUGGCUGAUCUGAGCGGGAACGGGCGCGCGGACUAUGUGAUGGUUGGCCUGCAUGGCAAGAUGACCGGGUUCAUCAACCGCCGGCAGGAGAAGGGGAUAGUUCCGAGGUGGAUGAAGAUCUUCCAUGUGGCUGAUGGGCCGGAGGGGACGGCGCAGGAUGAGGUCUUUCUUGUUGAUAUCACGGGGGACGGCAAGGCGGACUAUCUGCGCGUGGAUGAGAAAAGCGGGAGGACGGAGCUGUGGGAGAAUCUGGGGACCGGAGGGAAGUUUCAGGUCGGGGACGGGGUCAUGCUGACUGACUUGAACGGCGAUGGCGUCGCGGACUACUUCUGGGUCGACCAGGACGGCAGGGGAUACGGCUACAUCAACGCCGGAGGCCCCCAGGACGCAUGGCACAACGUCGGCCGCAUUGCCGAGGGAACAGGAAACGGCCGGUCGCGGGUCCACACGGCCGUGCUGACCAGCAGCGGGCGUGCAGACUACGUGGUCGUGGAGGAGAGCAUUGGACAAGCCUCGUGGUGGGAGAAUCUGGGACCGGACACCGACUACGCCUGGCAGGCGCGCGGAGUGUUUGCGACAGGGCCCAAGACCACCGUCGAGACCAAGUUCGGCUGGAGCUUUGACUCCAGGAACGUGCGCUUUGCUGACCUGAACGGGGACGGAUUCGACGACUACCUGUAUGUCAACGAGUUUGGCGCCGUGGCCAUGUGGCAGCACACUGGGCGCGACCCGCCAGACUUCCAUGCCGCGAAGCUCGUCGCCGAUGGCGUUGGCGUGGCGCCGAUGGACAUUCAGUUCGCCGACACCAACGGGGACGGGCUGCUCGACUACGUGGUCCUGGGCCGGGUGACAGGCCAGGCCCGCGUGUGGAUCAACAAGGGAUUCAAAGACGACGGGAGCAUUGCCUGGGCUGUACCCAUUAGCUUUGCGGCUGGCACUGGGUCGCCGAAUACAAAUAUCAGGCUCGCCGAGAUGACUGGGGAAGAUGAACGGUGGGACUGGGUGUCCAUCGACCCGGACCACGGCGCUCUCACCCUCUGGCAAAACCAAUGCUACCGUGUCGAUGGCGGAGGAGACGACGACACUGACCUGCCCGGCGGCGGAUUCCCGGAGCUCCCUGACGGCGACUACGACAACACGCCAAGUACCGAGUGGAUGGACCCGAAGUACAACUGCAUGAACGAGGCCGUGCAGCAGGUCACCAUGCCGCCGCAUGAGCGAUGGGAGGCUGUCCUGGCACCCGACGCAUGGAAGUACGCCCUCUGGGCGUGGCGCAAGCGGAUCAAUGACUCCGACCGGAUCCUCACCUUCUCGCAGCACGUCUCGCAGACGCUGGACUACUCGCAGAACAUGAACUGCGGGGACCUCAACGACCAGAACGGGUGCUAUGGCGACGCCAAGUGUGAUGAGCAGGACCCGGGCCCGGCGGCGUAUUUCAUUAUCCUCUCGUUUCAGACGAUCUCCAAGACACUCCGCAACAUCUACGCGGCACUGGGCGACGCCCGAGACCGCGUGGAGAACCAGAUCGGGACGUUCGCGGCCAAGUUCGCUCCAGCCAAGGAAGACGACGGCCUAAGCACGAUCAUCAUCCUGGACAUCCUCUCCCUCGGCUACGCGGGGGCCAUGGCGCCGAUCUGGAACAAGUGGGUGUCCCAGACGCAGUGGGGGUCGAAGAACGGCAACGGGCCCACGGCACAGGCCUUCGCGGACGGCAUGACAUUGCAGGGGAUCACGCUGGCCAAGGACAUUCUGGCGCAGAACGUGUGGGAGGCCGAGAAGGUGCUGGAGACGCAGGUCGACAAUGUGGUGUUUUCGUGGCAGAAUGCCACGUCCGAGUACGCGCAGUCCCUGUUCGACGGGACGCAGGGUGGCAUCAGUAGCCUGGGGAGGCUGCUCGCUGAGGGGAAGAUGAUCGACCCGCGGCUGAGCCUGCCUGGGCCCAUUGAGCUGGAUUUGCAGAUCCGGAGGACCCUCUGGGCCCUGCUGGUCCCUGCGGCUUGGAGCGUUUCUGGCCGGGACUUGAAUCCAUUCAUCGUCGACACCGGCCUCAGCUGCGACGACGCCCCGAAGGACGACGAUUUGCAGCUCCGUCUCAAAAAGGACACACUCAACAACAAGAUCAUAUGCGAUAAGAAGGCCGACCGGGCCUACUAUCUAGUCAGCGCCACGGACCCCAGGGACAAAUGCCGGCACGGGAGCAACACGGGCGGCUACGGGUGCGACAAGUUCGAGGACCUCCCCGGAGCAGACGAAUUGGUCGGCACGACGCCAGAAGACGAGGAGGACAGCCAGAGCCUGCACUGGCAGAUGGUGGACAUUGAAGAUAUUGUCUUUGGCUCCCUCGCAACAUACAAAGCAAACGGCAACAAGAACGUCGAAGAGCCCAAGCGAUUCAACGACUGGGAGUCUUCGUCCGACUGGGGGGAGAUGCUGGAAAGCCUCGUGGACUCGGAUAUCCGCGCGCCCUGGGUAUUCACGAUCCCCGUGUGCGGCGUGAAGGAGGCGCUCUGGAACUACUUUUACUCCACAAGCACGGCUCCUAAGAACAGGGAUCCGACAUUCCCUUGUGGUGAGAAUGAGUGGACGGAUGAUUGA